AUGGAAAUGAAAUUAUCAUACAAAAGCGUGGAGGCGCACUUCUUAAAUUUGCGUUUAGCUGGAUAUUAUCAAAUUGAUUUGCGGUCGGGGUCGAUCUAUAGAUCAUUACAUAGGUUUUACAUGGGUUUUGUGCUUUCGUUGAUGUUGGUUUAUACGAUGCAGCAGGCUUUGAAGGUUUAUGAGGUCAGGGAGAAUCUAGGGCAUGUGAUGGGGACAAUGUUUUUAUUUUUAACUCACACUGAUGCUAUUUACAAACAAAUUCUAUUAUGGGCUCAACAAAAUGAUAUCGAAGAUCUUCUAGAUACCAUGAAAGGACCCUCAUAUAAUCAAGGGAAGAAGGAACAUAAUUAUUACUUACUAAAAACGAUCCGUGUUGCAAAAUUACUGCUAUUCUGCAACAAUGGGUUGGCCGUCGCCACCUGCUUUUUAUGGUUUGUCUAUCCAAUUUACUUACAUAUCAAGGGAAUUCAAUUGGAUUUCACAAUUUGGCUGCCUUUCGAUGAAAACCAGGACCCAUAUUUCUAUAUAACCGCAGUUUAUUCUUGGAUUACCACAACCUGGCUUGCAAUUGGUAACACAACAAUGGAUGCAAUGGUAUCAACGCUUUUGGCACAAGCCAAGACUCAACUACAUAUACUGGGUUACAAUCUUUCUACUAUCGUUGAUGAAUGCAAGGAAGACAAUGGCAAUACAUCAGAUAAUGUCUCCGCAUUACUGCAUCAGCGUUUUAAAAGUAUACUGAGGCACCAUGAGGAAAUCGUAAGGUUUACAAAAAAUAUAGAAAAUAUCUUCGGUAGCGUUUUAGCGUAUCAGUUCUUGAUUGGCGGUUGGAUUAUUUGUACCUCUGUUUAUCGAUUGGUUGACAUAGAAAUUGUAUCUACAGAAGGCUUUUCAAUGGUGACCUAUAUAAUAUGUAUGCUAUUUGAAUUAUUCAUUUAUUGUUAUUUUGGAAGUGAAGUUACUCAAGCGAGUAUAGAACUCACAGACGAUGCAUACUCUAUGAAUUGGCUUGACAUACCAGUUAAAAAUCGUAAAGAAUUAAUUAUUUUUAUGGAGAGAAUUAAACGGCCUAUACGAGUAAUGGCCGGACGUAUAGUACCCCUUUCAAACGACACUUUCGUUUCGAUCGUGAAGAGUUCAUACAGCUUCUAUGCUCUGUUGAGAAGCACAAAUGAAUAGCUUUUAUCCCUAACACAUCGAAUCUAUAAACUAUAACUAUGACUUUCAACUAGUUUGGGAGUUCCUUCUUUUCACCUAAUUAAUACAAAAUAUAGACUAUGAUAAUAUAAUUAUAAAAUAUUCAGUACGAGAAAUAAUACAAAAAAAUAUACUGAUCUCCAGUUCUGCAGUCAAACCAUUAAACCCGGCUUGCAAACCCCACAUCGUUUAAGUUAUAGAAGUUUUAUUUAUUAAAAAGUAUAAUAUUAUAUAGCUCUUAAUAUUUUGUACCUGUUUAAAUUAGCAUUAUAUGUAUAUAAAACACAUUUUAUAAGUACAUAAUAUCUUUCUACUACAUUUCUCUAAGAGGCAGUAACUACUUUGAUACAGCGCCAUCUGUAGAUGA